GCUCAAGAAAACACAAACAAACACAGAAAAGAAAACCAAACAGAGUGUAUUUUACUUUAAACCGGAAAGAUGAAUCAAGAUGAGCAAGUAAAGGUUUUGGGGUUAUGGGGAAGUCCUUUUAGCAAAAGAGUAGAGAUUGUCCUUAAACUUAAGGGCAUACCUUACGAGUACAUUGAAGAUGUUUAUGGUAAUAAAAGUCCUAUGCUUCUCAAGUACAACCCUAUCCAUAAGAAAGUCCCUGUCCUCGUCCACAAUGGCAGAUCGAUAGCUGAAUCUCUGGUGAUUGUCGAAUACAUCGAAGAUACGUGGAAGACAAGUUACAUGAUAUUGCCUCAAGAUCCUUAUGAGCGUGCCAUGGCCCGUUUUUGGGCUAAGUAUGUGGAUGAAAAGGUAAUGGUAGCAAUGUGGAAGGCUUGUUGGGGACCUAAAAGCGAAAGAGAAAAAGAAACGAAAGAGGCUUAUGAGGGUUUGAAAUAUCUAGAAAAAGAGCUUGGAGAUAAACAUUUUUUCGGAGGAGAGACAAUUGGAUUUGUCGAUAUAGCGGCUGAUUUCAUUGGAUAUUGGCUAGGGAUCGUCCAAGAAGCUUCAGGCGUCACGAUCAUGACCGCGGAGGAGUUUCCAAACCUUCAACGUUGGUCAAAAGAAUUUAUCAGCAAUAAUUUUAUUAAGGAAGUCUUGCCGCCAAAACAGAAGCUUGCGACUCUUUUGAAGGCUCAAUUUGGAAGUGUUACAUCUGAUUAAACGUAACCCGCUCAUGCUUUUGUAUACACCAUCUGGCGUCAGCGUAACAAUGUCCUACACAACUCCCAGAGGCUAUCUUCAUCUUUAGUUUUCAAGUCGGUCAACCAGGAAAUUCGCAACAUCAUUACCGCUAGAAGACUUCGUAAGCAUUGGAAUAACCUUAUACUUCUUUGGAUCCGCUAACACACCCUUUUCUUGAUCCCAUUAUUGUAGCCUUGAUUUAUUUUUUUGCCUUGGCUACUUUAACUUAGGUUCUCCUUUUGUAAAGCCUAAACUCUUUCAUUAUUAAUGAUGUUUAGCAAAACAAAAAAAGUAUAUGCAGCUGGUUAUUGGUAGUCA